CGACCUGAAUGGUCGCCCUCUCGGCUCAUGGUCAGCUGACCCUCUCGCGGGACCGCCCUAACCGCAAUCGGCGCGAGGUUGCGGAGCGGAAGGUGUAAUGGAGGUUCUGCCGCAAGGGUGUUUGCGCAGAAGAGGUGGUCCGUAUAAAACCGAGCCAGCUACAGACCUGACCCGCUGGAGACUGUCUAAUGUUGAGGGCAGACAGACCUGGAGGUACAUCGACUACAGAGAUGCAGAAGACAGGCCUCAAACAAUGCUGGAGCUGCAUUCUUUGGGACUCAACACUAGUAAAUUUACCAGAGAUUUACCAAGUGCUGGUACACCAGAAGAGGCAGUUCUACAGGGAAUGAAGUUUUAUGCACAAUUACAGGCUGAGGAUGGACAUUGGGCUGGAGACUAUGGUGGACCACUCUUCCUUCUACCAGGGCUCCUGAUUACAUGUCAUGUAGCAAAGAUAUCAUUGACAGAGGCUCAAAAGGAGGAAAUGGUUCGAUAUCUCCGCUCAGUACAACUUCCAGAUGGAGGCUGGGGUUUGCAUGUGGCGGACAAGUCGACAGUUUUUGGAACAGCACUGAAUUACACAGCCCUGCGAAUCCUUGGUGUCGGGCCAGAUGAGCCUUACCUGGUGCGAGCAAGAAAUAACCUUCAUGAUAAAGGUGGUGCAGUUGGAAUCCCGUCCUGGGGUAAAUUCUGGUUGGCCAUCCUUAAUGUCUACAGCUGGGCAGGGAUGAACACCUUGUUUCCUGAGAUGUGGCUCUUCCCUCGAUGGGUGCCAGCUCACCCCUCCACCUUGUGGUGUCACUGUCGGCAAGUCUACCUUCCUAUGAGUUACUGCUAUGCCGUGCGGCUCACUGCACAGGAAGAUGAGCUUAUUCGCAGCCUGCGCCAGGAACUCUAUGUUCAGGAUUAUAGUACUAUUGACUGGCCUGCCCAGCGAAACAAUGUGGCAGUUUGUGACCUGUACACACCACACAGCAAGCUUCUCACUAUUGCAUACGCUUUGCUGAAUGUGUAUGAGGAUCACCACAGCACCAGCCUGAGGAAAAGGGCAGUCACAGAACUCUACGACCACAUCGCAGCUGACGAUAGAUUCACAAAGUGCAUUAGUAUUGGGCCGAUUUCCAAAACCAUCAACAUGUUAGUUCGCUGGCAUGUGGAGGGUUACAAGGCCACUGCUUUCCAGGAGCAUGUUUCUCGUAUCCCAGACUAUCUCUGGCUUGGCCUUGAUGGACUGAAGAUGCAGGGCACCAAUGGAUCUCAACUGUGGGAUACAGCUUUUGCUGUCCAGGCCUAUCUUGAGGCAGGAGCUCAGGAUAUCCCAGAAUUCGCAACCUGUCUCAAACAAGCCCACAAGUAUUUCCAGAUCUCACAGGUCCAAGACAAUCCUCCCGAUUAUGACAAGUAUUACCGUCAGAUGAAUAAGGGUGGUUUCUCAUUUAGCACUCGUGACUGUGGCUGGAUUGUAGCAGAUUGUACGGCAGAAGGCUUGAAGUCUAUAAUACUGUUGCAAGAGAAGUGUCCCUUCAUAACAGAGCAUAUCUCUAAGGAGCGACUGUUUGAUGCUGUCAAUGUGCUGCUUAGUAUGAGAAACCCUGAUGGUGGAUUUGCCACGUACGAGACAAAGCGCGGGGGACGACUGCUGGAGCUUCUGAACCCAUCAGAGGUUUUUGGUGAUAUAAUGAUUGAUUACACAUAUGUUGAGUGCACAUCUGCAGUAAUGCAAGCACUACAACACUUCCAAGAAAAAUUUCCACACCACAGAGCAAGAGAGAUCAGAGAUACAUUGGAAAAGGGACUUGAGUACUGUCGAAGGAUACAAAACUCAAAUGGGUCAUGGGAAGGGAGCUGGGGUGUAUGUUUCACCUAUGGAACCUGGUUUGGCCUGGAGGCUUUUGCCUGCAUGGGGCACACAUAUCAGAAAGGUGCUGCAUGCAGAGCGGUGACCCGAGCCUGUGAAUUCUUGCUGUCGAAACAGAUGGAGGAUGGAGGCUGGGGUGAGGAUUUUGAAUCGUGCGAGCAAAGGAAAUAUGUACAGAGUGCAAAGUCCCAAGUUCACAAUACAUGUUGGGCAGUAUUGGGAUUGAUGGCUGCCAGGUACCCUGGUACACGGGCAAUCGAGAGAGGGAUUAAAUUCCUAUUGGAUAAGCAACUGCCAAAUGGGGAUUGGCCUCAGGAGAACAUUGCUGGUGUAUUCAAUAAAACCUGUGCGAUCAGCUAUACCUCCUACAGAAAUAUCUUCCCGAUAUGGACUCUGGGGCGAUUCACAAGCCUUUAUCCUAGUAGUGCACAGACUACCAAGCUCAAACUUUGAUGGUAGAAGCUGAUAAAUGUGCUCAUAUAUUCCAAUAAGCCAUCUUUGCUGGUAGAUAAUGUAAAACAAUAAGACAGUUGACAGAUUAACUUCUAAUAAUGUGGGGAAUGGUCAGAUGUGUACAUUUUUCUCAGUUGGGUUAUAGAUCAACAUGUGCCUAUAUGACAAUUCCAGUUGUUUAAGAAUAUAACAGGUUUUAGGCACAAGAAAAAGCCAUUGGGCCCAAGAAACCAGUUCCUUUCUGAAAGAGCAAUUCUAUCUGCCUUUCCGCCAUAUUUCUCUCCUUGUCUCUCCAGAAAUGCACCACAGCUUAUGCUGAUUUAUAUUAUCCACACUAACUCAAUUAUUCAAUCACCAAUUCCAAGCUGGACCAGUUCAACUUGUGCUUUUCUCUUUUCCCAGGUCUGGUGAAAUUGCACCUUAAGCUGCUUCAAGGUGAAUUAGUUGAACUGGUUCCAGUCCUGAGCUGCAUAUAUUGCUGGUCCACUGGUUACAGGCACCAAAUCAAUCAACUGAAAGUAAUGAGUCCUUUGGCAAUUGGUGAAAGAAAUUCAGUCAAUACUCGCACAACACUAAGGCAGCUCAUAGACAUCCUUUGACUUAUCUGCAGUCUGUUUACUAUGUUCAGGCCCUAUUUCUUUCUCAUUUCCCCUCAUGACAAAUGGGUAAUAGUAGUUCCAGAUGAGAAAAGGCAGAGGAGACUCUCCAUGUAAGAGAAUAAUAUGACAUGGUUUGAUGUACUGUUUUACACAGCAAUGUAUACUUAAUCAUGAUUUUGCAAGAAUAUAACUUUAGGAAUGAGGAUUUGAGCAAGCUGUAUGUGUGUCUACAUAUAUGAAUACAGCAUAAUGCUUUGCUCUCUA